UGCGAUACAUGUCCCUGAUACAUUGGCACUCCAAUGUUACCAAAAUCUGAGUAAGAAUACCAUGAAUAUGACCGUUAAGCUGUUUCUUUAAAGAGUGCUCACUAGACACUAUCUAGUACUGUAUCUGCACACCUUCCACAAAAAUUCUCCAAGUAAUUAAGAUAAGAGUCUUCUCAUCUUUUCUUUAAGGUUGUGAUAAAGGGACAUGCUCCAAAUUUAAAGGGGGUUGCUAACAAAACAUGUUAAAUAAUAAUUUUUAAAAAUCACAAAACAAUAUGUAAGCACAAUACCCUUUUGUGCAAAUUUGAUUUGAUUAAAUAUGUACCUGGAACAUAAACUUAGAAUCACAGACAGAUCUACAGUUUGCGCUAUUCUUAGGUGCAUUUUUGUCAGACUGGCUUCCAGGCAAUACCAUAAAAACAUUUCAUUUAUUAAGAGACUGCAAAGCAGCACUUGUUCCCAUUCAAUAGUCCAGGAGGCCAUCUGUUUAGUUUCGUAUACUCAAUGCUCUCUGUGUCUCACAUGUUGCCAUGGAGCUCUCUUUCGUGCUUCUUCGAAUUCGGGAACGGACCAAUCAUCAGAUGGUGCAUGUACCACAUACAGCUGUGAUUAGGGGGGGAUAAUUUAAGAUUUUGAACAAUACUUGCAAUAUAUACUCCGUUCAUGAGGAAACACUACAACAUUUUUUUUUCUUGAAACACCUCAGUUUUAAAGAUAAACAUGUUAAAAAUGUGUUGGCUUCUUUAAACCAAAAUUACGAGGCAUAAUAUUGGUAUACUCCGCGUAGAGAUUCAAUUUUCUUGCCGCAACUCUUACCGGUAAACACCAGGUUAUUAAGAUUCAUGAGUUAUUCAAAUUAAUAAAGUAGUUGUACGAGUACAACAAUACUCUGUGCGUUUAAAAGGUGAGUUUAGUAAAAUCAAUGGAACAAAUAUAAUGAUUUGAUGGCUUGAUGGUGAUGGUUCCUACCUGGCUAGCUUACUUAAUAUUUUAUAUUUAAUACUUUUAUAACAGGUUUAUAAUUGGCAAUGUAUAUACGUUAAUAUGUAAAAUUUUGUAUCUGUUGCAACUUUUACAUAAACUAUUUUAGCUCUAAAGCCAUUUGAAACCGGAUCGCACUAUUUCUGCACAAAGACUUAAUGAAAUUAAAAUUGAAUUCAAUGCGUCUGACAUCAACUGAACAAUAUAUCCAACCAGUACAGCUCUGUAGUCAUGCGUAGAAGUCUUUUUACCUUUCAAGACGGGUGUCAAGUAAAACUUAGUUACUAUUUUAUUUUUUCAUGAAUGAAUGAAUCAAUCAGUACGUGGUACUCUAACCCCUGUUUUACACUGUCUGCGUGUCCGCGGCGGUGCGUUUCUGACACGGCAGCCGCAGGUAAUCGCCGCCAAUAAAGUCAAUGCAUCAGUUUACACCAUAUCCGCUGCGUUGCGUCUCCGCUAUGUCUCUGUUCCGUCACAUGUCCGGCAGUCCGCCGAGAUGCGCAUCAAAUCUAUUUUCGACGGAUCCGGAUCAAGAACGUAACACAGAGCGCAUGCGCCAACUCCCCUUCACAUCAUGGGCGACGAAAAGUUAAUUUUGGAGGUGGAGAAACAUGCAAUUGUGUACGACCACAGACAUCCCUUUUACAAGCAUAAUAGUAGAAAGGAGAAACCGUGGAGUGAAACUGCAGAAGUUUUGGGAUUUGACGCGGCGCGCCGGAUCAGAUACGGACCACAAACGCAUCCAGUGAGAAUUGGCGGACGGCCUCGGAAGGAAUGGGAAUGCAGCGCAGUCGCACCGCAGCGGAUACGCAUCCAUUGUAGAACAGGGUCCCUCGACACGGCAUUCCUCCUGAAGCUCAGAUCCUCUGCUGACAAUCCCCCAAACGCCAGGUAUGUAAGGCCUCCCCUUGGGGCCCACUGGAUCUGCUGACAUGACAAGGGUGUAGAGCAGCCUGUUUCAGAGGGUUUCGGUUUGAAUUCCACGGAUGAUAUUUACACCCUCAGGCUUUCAGACAGCCUGCCUCCAGUUUACAGGACCGUGGAUUGGUGCCUUCUUGACAUCCAGACGGUGACCUACAGCACCGCGGAUCUGGGUCUGGAAACUCGAUGAAGGUUUUAGAAAACACCCUGACCUCCAGGGACCGCUGCCCCCCUCCCUGGCAGAGCGUUUAAAGGGAACUGCCGCCGUUAACCUUUAAGUGCCUUAGCCAUUGAUGUGGACUGAAGUGGAAUUUGACCCUUUCUGACCCUGUCGGACAAGAAGGCUUUCAGUGAAGACAGGGAGGAUUAAAGGCUGCAAAGAAAGGCAGGAGGAGAGGAGCACCAGGACUGGGGAGAGGUGAGAGAAAAGGAGGACACACAGGUGUUUCUCUGAGUCCCCUUUCUACUUUUGACCAGUAAGUCCCCCUCAAGUAUGCCGGUGGAAACCUUGCGCCCCUCAGACGGACGCCUGGCUGGAGCCCCCUUCACCUCCGCCAUGCCUUUCCGCAUCCUCAACAAGGGGCCCGAAUAUUUCCGGCGGCCACUGGAGCCUGGAGCCCGCAAGUUGAGUGCAGUGGAGCGGCUGGAAGCGGACAAGGCCAAGUACGUGAAGAGCCAGCAGGUGGCCAGCACUCGGCAGGAGCCCGUCAAGCCCCCCGCCAUCCGCAAGCCACUGCUAUCUCCCAGUGUGCUGCUGCAGUGCCGCGCCGGCACCCCCGUCACCCGCAAGGCUCCGCGUCGCCAUGGAAUUUCAGCGCCAUUAAACCUGGAUGCCCUCAACAACCUCAUUAACGUUUGCGAGCCGCCUGCAUCGCACAGCGCCCUCCGCACACCUUUGUCCGAGAGCCGAUCUGGCAAUCCCAUCCCCGCAGAGCCCAGUUCUAGUGACCGCCAGCUCAACAGCAACUCUUCCUCUACCUCCUCGUCCUCCUCCCUCACUCCUCUGUCCGCAGACCAGAACCGACGGCCUCCUGUGGUCCCGGCACGUGCGCUUCGGGCUGGCACACUCGCUCCCUGUGGGUCAGCGGGCACUGUGGCAGUGCGCCGGGUAGAUGUGCGGCCACAGGCGGUGCUGAGGAAACCGCAGAGAACACCGCAGGCCCCGCCGCGCCUUGUCCCACAGCUGCAGGUGGCCCGGCCACAGGUGCCACCUCCGCCCACAGCUUCAGCCACGCUGCCCUCCCCUCUGCCUUCCAGCCCCCUGCUGCUGCAUGCCACGUUGCCCCCUGCCUCCCCAGCCUUCACACGUCUGUCAUCGGCCAGCUCCCGCGGCUCGCCACGUCGCCACCCCUCUCUGCACCGCUCCAAGUCAGACCUGAGCGACCGAUACUCACGGGCCACGGCUGACCUUGAGCGCUUUUUCAACUACUGCGGCCUGGACCCCGAGGACGUGGACAGCAUGGGGGUGGAGCGCUUUGCCCGUGCCAGCUCUGACAUUGUCUCUGUGUCAAAGCUACGCAGCGUCAGCACACCCAGUUCUGAGUGUGGGGCCCUGUCCCGGCACAGCCACGAGGGCCCUGAGGAGGAGGUGACCCCGGCCAGUGAGCGCACGCCCUAUGGAAUCUCUGUCAUCGAGCGGAAUGCUCGUGUCAUCAAGUGGCUCUACGGGAUCCGGCAGGCGCGCGAUGCCCUCAGUGUCUCCAACGUCUAGCGCGCCACUCAGAGAUAGAUGGCCAGCUGGGGCUGGAAGCACAGUGGACUUCUGCACCUUCUCAUUUCUGUUUCUAUUUAUUUAUUGGACAGCUUCUUGGACAGUGAGUGGGUCAGUGAUGGGUACAUGUCUGCGGGCAGACAGGGGUCACGGCUGCCCCCGCUCUUCUCUCGUGCUCAGCUUAAAUGAUUUACUGUUUCCAUUAAGUCUCUUCGCUCUCACAGUAUAAAUCUGAGGUGGCUGGGAGGACCCUGUCUUCCGGCUGCGUGUCGGGACUGCCAAGCUGACAGACACAGAGACGGGGAGCUUACUGUUAACCCUUUGCAUUAAAGUAGGCGGCUGAGGACUGUUGUGAAAAUACAAUAAUGUGACUAUAGCAAGGGCAGAUUAUGCCAGAAACCUGUUGUUUCAGAGUAGGGGUGUUAAAAAGCCUUCACCGAAGUGAGCAUUAGUGUCUUACUGCAAGGGGUAGAGUAUGGAUGUUCAGGCGAGGGCAAGUCGAUACUGUGAAGCCAUCUGCUGCCUUCUGGUUCCUCUUCAUAGGUUAGAUGAUGGCUGUUCAAGUGGUUUAAGCUGCAGUGUGUGCGUGUGUUUACACUUUGAGGGUGGUGUUUUUCAUAAACGGUGUCUUCAUACCUGUUCUCACAGACUGGCUUGAUUCUCGUUGUGUUGUUUUUUUUGGUGAAUGGUUUUGUCUUGGAGAGAGCCAUGUUAUGUUGUAAACAGAGAGCUGAUGUAAGUAGGGAGGUGGACAGCAGGAGCAGCGAACCCUGUGGCAGGCGUGGAGCUUCAUCUGGGGAAGGUGGGGGGGUCUGAGAAUGAACUGAGUCUGAGAGGGAGGCGGAAAGUUUGACUGGAAAGAAAUCGGUGACGUAACAGUUGGCACAGAUGAAAAAAGCUUGACUUUACCUGAUUUAACUUUCGUUAAUAUAAUGUUAACCAUGCUGGGCAUUUAAUUUUUUUUAUUAAACUGUGUUUAUUUAACUGUGUUCAUGUUGUUUAUGGAAUCUACACCCACUGACGUGUAACACACAUGCCUGUGUCAGCCAACAGCCAAGGAGAGUGCGUGCAGGUGUGCUAGGACAGAAGUGUGCUUUCUCAAAUGCUACUUUUAUGCCCUGACUUACUUCUCCUGGAGAAAAGCUCGUCCUGGCCUAAUUGAGUCACACUGAAGUUCUCCUGAUUAACUGCACUGGACCUUCAGUCUUAGUUUUCCUGCAUAUUUGUCUUAAUGACCUGUCAAUAAACGGAAAUUCAGGAA